UCUGCCGGUGGCUUCUGCUCUUCUGCCAGCUUCUGCGUCGGCCAUUAAAAAAUUCUGUCCGAUACUGUCCCGUGGAAGAAGGCCUUUUUCGGCGAAUACUACCGGCACACUCAGAAACCGUGCUAGGCACAAAGCCCAUGAGUGUUGUUGCAUGGAGAGUGGACCGGGACCUCGGGAGGUGGCUCUGGACUCUGGUCAGGCAUCGACAGCGGCGGCUCUGCUGAAGGACGGCCUCGGACAGCUCAGUCUGGGGCCGGCCGACCCAGGGGCGCCUGAGGCCACCCCCCCAGCGGCUGCUGCCUCCAGGGGCAAGGGUGGCAAGAAGGCACAAGGGACCAAGGCCAAGCGUCAACAGCUUUGCCUGGCAACGUGCGAGCGUGGUCGCCUCUCCCUCAGCGACCCUAGCAACCUGCGUGCCAAUGCCUCGUCGGCUGCAGCACGGUCUCCGCUCGCCGGCAGACACCCCUCGGUCCCUCUGAGUACCAGCCCGUCCCUGUCGGGUGCUGCUUCGUGGGGCCCCACUCGGGACCGGGCAGCCUCGGAUCCACGACGAGGGGCUGGAGCAGCGUUGUUGCCACCAGAGCUGAAAGCACAACACGCUGCCCAUCGCUGCAAGCGCACCGGUGGAGGUCCGCCUCCAGGAAGCAGGUCGGAAAGUGGCUCGAGCCCUCUGGCUUCUUCCCACCUCCGCCGGAGUCCCUGCAGUCCAUCGAGUGCCGCGACGCUUUCGGAGGGCUCCUUCCCCUCCAGCAGGCGAAGCUCUGAGACCCACCUGGCAUCUCCAUCCUUUUCAUCGCAACGACAGAAGCCCAAGGACCGUGCCGCCAAAUAUGAGGCAUACAUGCCAUUGUGUGAAGUACAACAAGCCCUGAAGAAAGGGGAGGUCGUGGAGGGGGUGCUGCGCAUCAACCCGAGGAACUACGAGGACUCCUUUAUCAGUGCGCCGGACAGUCAGAUGGACAUCUAUAUUGGCGGUCUACGUGACCGGAACCGGGCCCUCAACGGGGACCUUGUGGCUGUGAAGAUCAAGCCACAGGAAGAGUGGAAGGUUCUUUGGGACCGGAUACACCUGUGGGAACAGAAGACUGGCCAGAGCAUCCACGAUGUCCUUCUAGGCAGCAACAGUGCAAGCGGAGGAGGCUCUCCAGUCGAAGAUGGCGAGAAGUUGGAAGAGCAGCCCAACGACUCACUCCUGGAGGAGGACUUUGUGGACGAGUCGCCCGAAUCGCCAGUGCCUCUGGCAGCAGCCACCUGGGAUGGCUCUUCUCCGAACCCAGGUGCUCCUCGUCCCUCGGACACCAUCGAGGUGCUCGGCAUCGAGCGGCUGCUUGGCCAGGUGCAGGAGUAUGUGCAGAAGCAGCGACACAAUGGCAGAAGCCACCGGAAGUCGGGAGGCCCUCGUCAAGGCCGCCUGCCCAUGCUGUGCUCGUUGGAGGCAUCGCUGGCACCGCUUCCUUCCGCACUUGUCGCCACGACUCUGGGCGGAGACCGGCUGCCGGCACCAACCCGUCCACAGCCGGAGACCCAGCCAGAACCGGAAAGAGAGCGCGAGGACACCGCUGCUAUGGACCCCUGGGCCGAGACCGAGGACCUGGGCUCCACCAUGGUCUUCUCGCCGGAGGAACUGCUCGAGGUACCCGAGCCAGAGCGACACCACCGCUCCUCGUCGCCACCUCUCCAAGGGCGUGUGGUCGCCCCCGACGAACUGAGCGGCGAGGACGAUUGGUCAUCGGAUGCGGAGAGCACGGGCAGUGCAGCGCUCGAGCAACACCUGGAAGACAUGGCCUUCCUGCAGGCCUCCCUGGAUGCACGCAACCCACAGCAGGAGGAGGGCAGCGCACCACAGGGCAGGACGGGGGGAGAAAGCGUCGCCGAGCGCAUCGGGCGCAGCGUCAACUUGGCAGCAGCCACGUCGGAGGUAGACGGCAUCAGUUUGCCACCUCCACCAAGGUCCGCCGUGGAGCAGGAACCACCACCAGACAGCAAGAGUGCAGCAUCCGGGGGUGGCUGGGGGCCUCUCACGUGGGGCCUCGCUCCCGGUGGGGACCAAGAGGGGCCAAAGGAGACACCCGCUGUGCCACCUCAAGCAGCGCAAGAAGCUGCCGCGCAAACUACACCCCCAGACGAGGAAUGUCUCGUCAGCAGCCGCAAGGGCGAGCGUCUGGCCGGCAACAACAAGCACCGGAAAAGACGUUCGUCGAAGAAGGACAAGAAAAAACGGGGACCAGCCGUGCAUGGUGGGAAGGCACGUGCAGCCAAGGGCCAGUACGAGGGGCUCUCGGUGGCCGACAUUCUGCGCCAUCCUCUGUCCAAACGCUUUGUGCAGCGCACAGGAGAGGUGGUGCAUAUCCUGGAGGCCAAGAACUCUAGGGUGACGGCUGGCAUCUUGCGGCAGCUGCAGGACAACAACCCGGUGUGGGUGCUGUUCUCGCCAAGGGACGCACGCUUUCCCCGACUCAUGGUGCCUGCACAGGAGUGCCCACCCGGCUUCUUUCAACGCCCCGCUGACUUCAGCCACACCUUAUUCCUAGCAGAGCUGGUCAAGUGGUUGCCAGACGCCAACUUCCCCCUGGGGAGGAUUCGUCAGCUGCUCGGCCCUGCAGGCAGCAUCCCCGUGGAGACAAAUGCCAUCCUCGAGUCGUACAACAUCGACCACCAAGAGUUCCCACCGGGCAUCCUUGACGACCUUGGGGUCACCAACGAGUGGAAAGUGCCCGAGGAAGAACUGUCGGGGCGAAGAGACUUUCGAGAAGAGCUGGUGUUCACCGUGGACCCCAAGACCGCACGAGAUCUGGACGACGCCAUCUCGUGUCGCCGGCUCGUUGUGGCCGAAGGGGAUUCGCGUGAGCUGUGGGAAGUGGGCGUGCACAUAGCGGAUGUGUCUCGCUUUGUGCGGCCAGGAACACAGCUCGACCAGGUGGCCCAGAAGCGGGCAACCAGUGUCUACCUCGUGGAACAGGUGAUUCCGAUGCUGCCACGGCUGCUGUGUGAUCACCUGUGCAGCUUGCACCCUGGUGAGGACAAGCUGACCUUCUCAGUGGUCUGGACACUGACCUCCGACGGUCGGGUGCUGAGUGAAUGGUUUGGCCGCUCCAUCAUCCGGUCGUGCUGCAAGCUGAGCUACGAGCAUGCACAGGACCUGCUGGACGACCCCGAUCGGGAACGUGCCCCAGGCGAGUUGCCGGAUGUGUUUGGCAAGCACACGAUUGGCGAGAUAGCCGAAUGUCUGCAUGUUCUGCGUGGCAUGACAGAGUCCAUGCGUAGACGCCGCUUUGACGGGGGAGCCUUGCGACUAGACCAGGUCAAGGUGGUCUUCUCGCUUGGCAAGAACUUCCAGCCCUACGGGUUUUCUGUCUACGAGCACACCGAGAGCCACCGGCUGAUUGAGGAGCUGAUGCUGCUGGCCAACAUGGCCGUGGCCCACCGGCUGUACAAGGCGUUUCCCGAGGAGGCCUUUCUGCGCUCGCACCCUCCACCCGAUGACGCCCAGCUGGUGGAGGUGGAGGCACUGUGCACUGCCUAUGGGGUCCCCCUGGACACCACCUCAGCCGGCACUCUGCAGGCCUCCCUGAACGCUAUGGUGGGCACAGACGAGCUGUCGCAUGCCAAACUCAACGUGCUCACACACAUGCUCUCCAAGCCCAUGAAGAUGGCCGUCUACUUCUGUGCGGGGCGGCGAGAGGAUCCCUUCUCGUUUUCCCACUAUGCUCUCAACGUGCCUCUCUACACGCACUUCACGUCACCCAUCCGGCGCUACGCCGACAUUGUGGUGCACCGGCAGCUGGCAGCUGCCCUCGGUUGUGGACCUGCCGUGGCGUUGAGUGCUUCGGAGUUGCAGUCGGUGGCCGACCACUGCAACGACAACAAGUACAAGGCACGCACUGUGCAGGAGCUGAGCAUCGACCUGUUCCUGCAUGCCUUCGUGGAACAGUGUGGCUCGCUCGAGGACAAGGCCAUGGUGACGGCCGUGCUUGAACACGCCUUCGACGUACUCGCGCUCAGCGUCGGCAUGGUCAAGCGCGUCUACUGUGAUAAGCUGGGCGUGAAAGGUUUCCAGCACUCAACCGAGGGUGGCCGCAAUGCCAUUGAGCUGCACUACCAGUCAUCUCAGGCUCCCAAUGAAGUUGUAGUCAACAUUGGCGUGUUCCAGCUGGUCGACGUGCUCAUCACAGUCGUGCCUAACGACCCACUUAAGUACCAGGUUGUUCUGAAGCUUCCCCCAUUCACGGUGCCUGUAAAGAAGGAAGACAAUGACAGGAGGCACCAGAAGCGAUGAAAAUGGACUUCACUUUAAAUUAUGCCUUGCCACCCCACUCUUUUCUAUAUUUUUUUCCUCCCUCGCAUGGCUUUUGCUCUUUUAUUUGGCAUGACUCUCUGGAACUGUUCUUUUGUGAGAAUGCGUUUUUGAGACUGAUGAACUUUACCAUGGGCUGCGCAAGAUGUGAUUAGGACAAUAAAAUACUUAUUUCAUACA